UUUAAACUUCUGAAAAUUGCAGGGAAUUGUUAUAGGUGCCAAUAUUUCUUAAAAAGUGGCAGUGGGGCUAACCGUGAAACGCCUAUGACACUUCCAUAUCCAUAACACCUUAAAACUGUUUUCUUAUCCGUGUGUGUGUGUGUGUGUGUGUGUGUGUGUGUGUGUGUGUGUGUGUGUGUGUGUGUGUGUGUGUGUGUGUGUGUGUGUGUGUGUGUGUGUGUGUGUGUACGUGUUUGCGCAAGCAAAAUCUAGUUCCCUUGAAAACACGACGUGCUCAGUAAGUAAUUUAUUUCUACCUGAGAGCCAAUGAGAGUCGAGGAGACGGCAAUGAUUAAAUCUUUUCUACUACAAAUAUCAGGAGUGAGAUCAAGUUUGUAGAUAGGAGUAUCUUGUCCAUACGCCCCAUCGUCAGCCCCACUGCAAUCGCCAUCCAUCUGUGAACUGGAGCAUCUCGUUCACACUCUCCUUCGCCAGGUACACCUCAACAAUCUUCAACUCUGCAACCAACACCUAAUCCUAGGUAGCUAUAAGAGCAGCCAAGACGUCGUCGCUGGCAAUGUCUUCAUGCAGCAAGAUUCCUGUGGUCAACCUGGGUCAGCUGGGUCUGAGACGGGAGACGGAGCCCAGCCAGCAGGAGUGGCAGAGGGUGGCGGAGCAGCUGCUUCAAGCCUUCACCAAUAUCGGCUGCGCUUACAUCAUUAACCACGGUGUUCCCGACGACCAGUUGGAGAGUGUCUUCAGUUCUGGGUCGGAGUUCUUUUGCCUCGACCAGAAUGUGAAGAACAAGUAUGCGAAGGACCUCAACACACACGAGGGUUAUAUCGCUUCGGGGAAGGAGAGGUUCGCUGAGCUUCAGGAGCUGCAUGAGACGUAUAAUAUUAAGUCUCCCGAAGCCGUAUUUCCUGACGCAGAGGUACCGUCCUUCAGGCCCUCCAUAGCCAGUCUCUUCAAGUCCUGCAGGACCCUCUCCAUCAGGCUCAUGAAGGCAGUAGCCCUCAGCCUCGGGAAGGAGAUGGAUUACUUUGUGUCUAUGCACCAGCAGGUGGGCACCAAGAACAAUGUGCCCUGCUUGCGUGUCAACUACUACCCACCAGUCCCAGCCACCGUCCUUGAGAAUGCAACUCGCUUCAGCGCACACACAGACUAUACCACCUUCACCUUCAUCUUCCAGGAUGAUAUGGGUGGACUCCAGAUUCGUGACCAAGAUGGGACGUGGCUUGAUGCUGGUUCAAUGCCAGGAGCUAUUCUUAUCCUGGCUGGAGAGUUUCUCACCAACUACUCCGAUAACAAGGUCAUUGCUCCGGUCCAUCGAGUGGUGAUUCCUGCCGAAGAGUUAAAGCGAAAGACACAUCGCCUCUCCGUCGCCUACUUCACUCACGCAGAUGGCCAUACUCCCAUGAGGCCACAGGGCACCUCUAAAGAGAAGCCUACAACUGUCUUGGAGUAUGCCAGCAGCAGGUUAACUAUGGCUUAUAAAUAGAGGCGACUAGAUCGUGUGUGUCAACACCACCGACGACCAACGCUGCUGACGACCAGAUCUUGUGUGUUACCAUCAGCUACCAUUACCACGAUUAUCUUCCCAAUUAGCUAGCCAGGCCAUUUCCUUCAAACCACCACCUGGCCAAGCAGUGACCCCAUAACUACCAACACUUGGUCAAGUAGUGACUCCCAUUCCCACCACCUCUACUACUACUACCCACUACUACCAACACAACUACUUUAAACGACUACUACAAAUACUACCACGACUUCUAGAACUACAACUACAUCUAUUCCCAUCACUUCAGUUACUACCACCAUCACUACUAGCACUAUACUGCUACUGCUACCACCAAUACUAUUACCCCUACUCCCAAUUUAAGUACUACUACCCUUUAUUACCACUACUUCCUCAACUACUAUUUACCUAGUAAGGCCCCUGAUUUUAUAUUGCAUAUUGAUGGAAUGCACAAUGCAGUCAUAAUAAUGUGACGAAUCAAUGAAAAAAAUAUUCAGGUAAUUAGUGAGAUUGUCCAGAGACACGAGAUUAGUCCAAUUCAUUGACAUAUUUCCUUAUUGAUGACAUAGUAAAUGUAAUUAUCUGAUUGGUUUUGCUUCCAAAGUACAGAAAAUGGCUAUUAAUCCCCACAAGCAUUGAUUUGACCUUUGAUCUUCGAAAGCUUUGGGUAGACGUCUUGAAAGUACCUGAAGGCUUAUGAAACUUAUGAGAAACUUAUGAGACUUAUGAAACAAUGUGUCACAUUUCUAGCUAAGGAGUCGGCGGCUUUCAAGCACCUUUAACACAUUUUUCCCCUAAAAUAUCUUAAAUACAAAGUUUGAGGGGAAAAUAAUAGUCCAUUUUCCAAUUCCAGAAGAAUAAGCAAUCAGGAAAUACCAUUACCAAGGAGCAAACAUUGUGUUAUUAUGAAUAAUCAUGUCCAUUUGUCUGUAUGUAAAUUUCUUAGAAAAAACUAAUUUGACCAUUGAAUAAAUG